AUGUCGCGCUUCGCCGGCCGUUCCCUGGACCGCGUCUACUUCAUCUUCCUACUUUGCCACAUACCAGCAACACUGGUGAUGGACGGCCAAGCCGUGUACCCGUCGUGGAUGGUCUCUGGGCCUCUCGAGGCCUUGGCGGAGUGGUACCUAAACUUCUUGCGUGACCCUAUCAUGGCCGGAGUCUUCGCCAAGGAUCCAACAAUGCGGUUCAUGAUGCCGUUCUUCUACCUCGAGAUGUUCUUCCAGCUGCCAUGCUUUGUACUCGGCGCCGUCGGACUAUGGAAGAGUGCGACUUGGCCGUACUCGCUGACACCAGACGACAGGCGCGUGUGGCCCCUACUCGUGGCCUACGGAGCAAGCACUGCCACGACGCUCCUCCCGGUCCUGCAACGCUUGCUGUUCGAUACUAAGACCAGUCCGCCGCUCACAGCGGCCGAGCUAGCUGGACUGCUCGGCUGCUACGUCCCCUUCCUGGCUAUCCCCCUCCUGAUGGCCGUUGAUUUGGGCUUCCGCAUUGCCAAGCUUCUCGGCGGCGGCUCGCGCAAGAACGUCUAG